UUCAUGAAGUAGUAAAUAAACACAAUAUGGAGAUAAUAAGAUUGAGAUUGAUAGAGAUGGAAAUAAUAUAAUUUGAAAAUAAGAACGAUAAAUAAUAAACGCAUAUACGAAGUGCACGCCAUAUUUACAGUAAUGGAAAUAAGCAUCAAGCUGGAACUUUUAGUACUUAUUGUUAUGGAUUGUAUGUAUCAUUUGGCUUGCUUAUCAGGGCAUGUUUGUACAAGAGAGCGAGCUGAGAAUUAUCUAACAUCGUACAAUCAGGCUUUCAUAUGCCAGGAGAGAUAUACAACCAGCUGUGGGCAUCUUGAUUGGAGGAGGUGUACAAAAUAUCGAAUACAAACAUGUUUCACUCCAAAACAAAAAUACGCCAUUCGUUAUCAUCAAAUAGAAGCAUGCUGUUCAGGGUGGAGGGAAGAUGGGUCUGGAAAAUGUACAGUACCUACUUGUUCACGAGAAUGUCAGAAUGGUGGAUCAUGUGUAGCUGUAGGUAACAUGCCCGGAUGUCUUUGUCAAGAAGGUUUUCAUGGAGAUACAUGUCAGCAUGCACAAAACGAAUGGAAGUUGUGGCACACCGUGGCAGUAUCGUCUGGGGCAGUGUUUCUCAUAAUUGUUAUUACCUUAGCUGUGGUUGUAACAUACGGAUGCAAGAGAACAGGUGGAUAUCAAAGACUUCCUCAGAAGGAAAUAAUUUGUUUGAAAGCACCAAGUACAAUAAGUACAUACACUACGACUCAAACAAACACUGAGAACUAUGAUCAACCCAAUGACGACGUGUGUAAUACCGUGUAUCCUUCGGCGCCUCAUAUGACAAAUGUACCAGAUAGCAUACAAAAAUUAUAAAUUAUUGAAUUUGUGAUCAAAGAGAUUAAUUAUUGAACAAUAAAAACUUUAAUAUUUCAUAUUACUGCACACGUGAAAUAAAACACUUGUGAUCAAAAUGUUCAUCAAAUAGUUCAUGAUUAUGAGGAAUUUGAGGUGCAACGAAGCAGCAAUGCAAAGACAAAAAUAACCAAAAUUAAUCGAGAGAUGAACAAUGUGAAUUUCGAUAGUCAAUCUAAUUAUUUUUAAA